AUGAGUUCACCAAACUUUGAUGAAAGCCUUUAUUUUCCCUUGAGUCCAUUAAUGUCCUUUCCUUUGUCACCUCUAUUGGACCCUCACCUUGAAGAACCAAGUGCAACAUCCAUCAAUGGUGGCUUAGAUGCUUUGAGCAUCAACGGUGAUGAAAUUUGCAUUGGUUUUCUUAGUAAUGAUGCACAAAUGAACCGAAUCGAGGAUCCCACAUCGACAAUUCCGAAUCCAAUUGAGACCCCUUAUAAUGUGACUCAAGAGAUGGUUGAUACUUUCUUUCCAUUGGAGACAAAUGGUGAAGGUGACACAAGCAUGGAUAAAUCCAAAUGUGUCAAAAGGAAGCCUUCAAAUAAGCAACGUCAAGGUGAUGGAGAGAGACACAAUGAGCGGUAUGAGGCGUUUUUGUGGGAUAACGACCAAGGACAAAAGCCAAGGACAGUUUAUAUAGGUGGAUAUGAUGAUGAAGAAUCUGCAGCAAGGGCUUAUGAUUUAGCUGCUCUGAAACUAUGGGGCGAAUCUGCACCCCUAAACUUCCCAGUAAUGUUUCCUUUAACAGCACACAUGUUAUAUACAUUGGAUGUCCCCGGAUUAUCAUUCUGA